UCCAUCUUCCUCCAGCUCCACAUAACAGUUCAGAGGGGGCGUUCACUGCCACCUGUGAAAAGGUGCAGCUGCUGCCCAUCUCCACAGUAUCACUGUCCAUUUUGUGGGCCUGGAUUUUUUAAACCCACAAAACUGUCAAAGAUCAAGAUCCAUAUGAAUGGUCAUUUUAAUAAAGCUGUUUCCUGUGGAGAUUACACCAUUCAUAGAUGUGGACUCAGUUGCAGGAAACAGCAACACUUUCAUUGUUUGUACUGUACAGCUACAAUACUCAGGAAAAGAGACCUCAAAGUCCAUCUUUCAUGCUGCCACAUAAAACAUACAAGAACUCCUCCAAGCCCUUUUUCCCCUGUCCUGGAGCAAGAUUCUGAUAAUCCUGCCUGGGACCCAAACCUUACAGUGUCCAUCCCGACCCUAAGCCCUAAAACAUUAAAUCAGAGCCUAAGCCUUCCAACAUCUGCCUUGAGAUCCAGUUCUGCAUCCUUUUUCAACGUUCCAAGUUGCACAAUUGUUGACAGUAGCACAAAGGUAGUGGAGGUGCUUCCUUUGCGGCUGACACAGAUCGUUCUCUAUAUGCUUCCUCGAGACCCUCUAGUUCCCACAUGCUUAGAACAACCCCUCAAGGUCGCGCCCCGUCGCUCUACUGACCAUGAUGGCAUCAGUGCAGAAGAGAAUCAUAUAAAGAUGAAGACCCAGGACCAUGGCUAUGGUUGCAAGCUUGUUAAUGCAGAAGUUAAAAAACUCCACAUAACAGUUCAGAGGGGGCGUUCACUGCCACCUGUGAAAAGGUGCAGCUGCUGCCCAUCUCCACAGUAUCACUGUCCAUUUUGUGGGCCUGGAUUUUUUAAACCCAUAAAACUGUCAAAGAUCAAGAUCCAUAUGAAUGGUCAUUUUAAUAAAGCUGUUUUCUAUGGAGAUUACACCAUUCAUAGAUGUGGACUCAGUUGCAGGAAACAGCAACACUCUCACUGUUUGUACUGUACAGCUACAAUACUCGGGAAAAGAGACCUCAAAGUCCAUCUUUCAGUCUGCCACACAAAAUAUACAAGCGUUCCUCCAACAUCUGACCAGGAACCAGACUCGUUCUCCUUUGGAGCCAAGUGUCCAUGACCCAGGCCAAUAACGUCCUACCAGAACCGCAGUCCUAAACUGCCUGUCCUAUACUGUCUUGUCCAGGGUGUGAGUGAGCGCAUGCCAUUGAGUACUAUGUUGGUUUUCUCCCCAGAUGUGUGACUGUAAAAUACAAUUGCUAUUAUUUUUGUUCCAAUAUUAAGGUUUUUCAGUUCUGUGAUAUUUCGUUGAUUUAUUUUUUUCUUAAAUAAAUCCCCUUUUAUGUGA